UGUUGUUGUCCAUCUUUAACGCUAGCUCGACGUGAAUGCAACAAGGAAAGGAAAGUGUUCCCCCAACUGUCACUGUUUAUCUGCACCGUUUAAGCGUUUGGGAAGUGUUGUUUUUCCUUUUUUGACAAACGUUCAAUAAACAAACAUAUUAAAGAGCAGACAUGGCGCUCACCGAUGCUGACGUACAGAAACAGAUCAAGCACAUGAUGGGCUUCAUUGAGCAGGAGGCCAAUGAGAAAGUCGAUGAAAUUGAUUCUAAGGCUGAAGAAGAGUUCAACAUCGAGAAAGGGCGUCUGGUGCAGACUCAGAGGUUGAAAAUCAUGCAAUACUACGAGAAGAAGGAGAAGCAGAUUGACCAACAUAAGAAAAUACAGAUGUCCAACCUGUUGAACCAAGCGAGGCUUAAGGUGCUAAAGGCUCGGGACGAUAUGAUCACGGAUUUACAGAGUGAGGCUCGUCAAAGACUUGCAGAGAUUUCCAAGGACCCGGAGAAUUACUCCGUCCUAUUGCAGGGCCUGUUGCUUCAGGGAUUUUUUCAGCUCCUGGAACCUAAAGUGACCGUCCGCUGCAGAGAGCAGGACGUAGAAAUGGUUCAGGAGGCAGUUAAUAAGAACAUCCCGAUCUACAGAGAGGCGGUGAAGAGCAACAUAGUUGUUAAAAUCGACACAGGACGCUUUCUUUCGCCUAACAUCUGCGGAGGGGUUGAGGUGUACAACGAUAAUGGGAAGAUCAAGGUUUCCAACACCUUGGAGAACAGGCUCGAACUUAUCGCACAACAGAUGAUGCCUGAAAUCAGAAUGAAGUUAUUUGGUGCCAAUCCAAACCGCAAGUUCACGGAUUAACAGUGGAUUUGAAGAAGGCAGCGAGGACAUGCACGGGUGGAAUAAACUGCAUGAGGUGAACUCAGGCUUUCAUCAUAGUGAGCGAGAGUCUGCACUAUCACCCGCCACACAUUAAGGUCAAAGAAAACCCUGGCUCGGGAUGCUCCUGAUGUGUUGAUAUAUGUUUUUAUUUUUUUACUAAUGGACUGAGUAACAAUACAGCACAUGCGCUACAGGGAAUGCCUUAAGGACUGCUUUAAAUUGCAUUCCAAAUAUGUUUUCCUACCCUUGGGAAAUGUUACACUUGACUAUUUGGUCAAUGUGAUUAAAGCUACAUGUUAGUUCACCAAACAAACAGUUCCAGACUAUAAUGUGUUUGAUUAACCAGUAUGUUUGCCAAAUAUCCCCGUUUUUCCUAACAGUUUCACCGUGUGCAUGAAAGCAAUAGGCUGUUUACCAAAGUUGUGAAGCGCUCAACAUAAGAAAAACACCAAAGCAAUAAAUGUAUUUGUAACAAAGAAA